AUGGCGUUAAUGGGACGUGAUUUGAUGAAAAUUUUUGGUUUUUAUAUUGCAGAAAUUAACAUGAUUAAUCAACAUGAAAAAGUAAACAAAUUAUUGGAGGAGUAUAAAGAACUUUUUAAUAACGAAUUGGGAGAAUAUAAUGGUGAAAUAAUUGACUUAAAGAUUAAAGAAGGGGUUAAACCGAUUUUUAUGAAACCACGACCUAUAGCGUUUGCAUUUAAAUGUACUGUAGAGAGUGAAUUGGACCGAUUAGAAAAAUUGAAAGUAAUUACAAAGGUUGAUAAUGCGGAGUGGGGAACGCCCUUGGUUCCUAUUUUAAAACCUGACGGAAAAAUACGGGUUGGUGCCGAUUAUAAAAUGACUGUUAAUAAAGCUUUAGAGGAUAUUAAAUAUCUAUUGCCUAGAAUUGACGAAUUAUUUGCGACGCUUCAGGGAGGUGAGCAUUUUACGAUUUUAGAUUUGUCGAGAGCUUAUAAUCAAUUAAAAGUUUCCGAAACAACGCGAUUAUUGUUGGCGUGGAGUAUUCAUCGUGGCAUUUAUGCGAUGAAUAGGUUUCCUUUUGGUACUAAACCAGCAGUAGCAAUAUUUCAGCGAAUUAUGGACAAAAGUUUUGCAAGGCUUAGAUAUGGUUAA